AUGGGAAAGACGUCUGGUGGACGCCCUGAGGCAGGAGUCCGAGCUCACAGAAUAAAUAGUCGCAGGGAGUCCGGCGUGUCGUGGGGGAGGCGCGGGCGCGGGGGCGGGGCAGCGCGCGCGGGCGCAGGCGCGUGGCGGCGGCGCGAGCGGCUCGCGCAGUCACGCAGGCCCAUGGAGAUCCUCACCAGCCUGUAUGCGCUGCUGUCUGGCGGGCAAGGAAUUAAUCCAAAAAUCGACUCAGUAGCAUUCCGGCUACACUGCGGCGCAACUACUGCGGCGCUUUUGGCAGCCAGUGCCGCGCUCACCACGCGCCAUCUUGUGGGGAACCCCAUAGAUUGUAUACAUACCAGGGACAUACCAGAGGACGUUCUUAAUACAUAUUGUUGGAUUCACUCCACUUUCACCGUUGCGGGCGAGGCCGGCGCCUACCCGGGAGUCCGCGGCGCGGGCACCGCUCCUCGACGCUACGGGAAAUACUAUCAGUGGGUCGCUUUCAUGCUGUUUUUACAGGUAAGUGAUAGAGAGAAA